AUGGGUGUGGAGACGAUUCCAGAGCGAAUGGCGGGUGAUGAGACGAUCCCGGGCAGCUGGGUGCUGUCGGUGACGAUCGGUUCGGUGCUGUUGCUAGCCGCGGCAACGCUGUUCCACCUGUGGAUGCAGACCCGGCGGUACGUGAAGCUGGGCAACCUGAUACCGGGCCCGGUAGCUUAUCCGCUGAUCGGCAACGCAAACAUGCUGCUCGGCAAAACUCACAAUCAAAUCAUGGAGAAGGCAAUGGAGCUGAGCUACAUCUAUGGUACGGUAGCACGCGGCUGGCUCGGUUAUCAUCUGGUGGUGUUCCUAACCGAACCGGCCGACGUCGAGAUCAUCCUGAACAGCUACGUGCACCUGGAGAAGUCGAGCGAGUACCGCUUCUUCAAGCCCUGGCUGGGCGAUGGCUUGCUGAUCAGCUCGGGCGACAAGUGGAAGUCGCACAGAAAGCUGAUCGCGCCCGCCUUCCAUCAGAACGUGCUGAAAACGUUCAUCGACGUGUUCAACGACAACAGUCUGGCGGUGGUGAAGCGUAUGUCGAAGGAGGUCGGCCAAGUGUUCGACUGUCACGACUACAUGAGCGAAGUGACGGUGGACAUACUGCUCGAGACGGCGAUGGGCUCCACGCGGACCGGCGAAAACAAGGAAGGGUUCGAAUACGCGAUGGCCGUAAUGAAAAUGUGCGACAUCUUGCACAAGCGUCAGCUGAAGAUUCAUCUGCGUCUGGAUCCGCUGUUCAAUCUGACGGGCGUUAAGAAGGAGCAGGAGCGCCUGCUGCAGAUCAUUCACGGGCUCACGCGCAAGGUGGUGCGCGAAAAGAAGCAACUGUUCCAGCGUCAGAUCGCCGAAGGUAAGGCACCAUCACCAUCGCUGACGGAAAUUAUCGGCAAGGAGGAAAAACCCGGCGAGAGCAAUCUCGGCGGCUCGCCCGCCUUCAUCUCGCAGGGUUCCAUGCUGCGCGACGAUCUGGACGAUAACGACGAGAACGAUAUCGGCGAGAAGCGCCGACUCGCGUUCCUCGACCUGAUGAUCGAAACGGCCAACAACGGGGCGAACAUUAGCGACGAGGAGAUCAAGGAGGAGGUGGACACGAUCAUGUUCGAGGGCCACGAUACAACGGCGGCCGGUUCGAGCUUUGUGCUCUGUCUGCUUGGCAUCCACCAGCACAUACAGGAUCGGGUGUAUGCCGAGCUGCGGCAGAUCUUUGGAGACUCCAAGCGGAAGGCCACGUUUGGCGAUACGCUCGAGAUGAAGUAUCUCGAGCGGGUGAUCUUCGAAACGUUGCGCAUGUUCCCGCCGGUGCCGAUGAUUGCGCGCAAGAUAAACGAGGAUGUGCAGCUGGCGUCGAAGAACUAUACCAUCCCGGCGGGUACGACGGUUGUCAUCGGUACGUACAAGAUUCACCGGCGGGAGGAUCUUUACCCGUAUCCGGAAACGUUCAAUCCGGACAACUUCCUGCCGGAACGCACCCAGAACCGGCAUUACUACAGCUACAUCCCGUUCAGUGCCGGACCGAGAAGUUGCGUGGGUAGAAAGUAUGCAAUGCUCAAGCUGAAGGUUUUGCUAUCGACGAUACUGCGACACUAUCGCGUCGUUUCCAACCUGACGGAGAAGGACUUUAAGCUGCAGGCGGAUAUCAUCCUCAAGCGCACGGACGGCUUUCAGAUUCAGCUCGAGCCGAGAGCAUGA